UGCACUGCAGGGAGAAGUAACCCGGAUGCUUGGCGGCGUAGCAAACAUGUCCAACAUGUCCAACAUUAUGUCCUGUUUCUUGCUCCUUGCAGCUCUUUUCGCUCCCGGGAGGACGGCGGAGGUGUCGCUGUGGAAUGUGGACAUCAACUCGACCCAGCAUGCUGUGUUCCGGAAGACGCUAUAUGCCAACACUACCAUCUUCAUGAAGUUCCAGGGUGACGUGGGCUCAUGCGACCGAACUGUGGCCUUCAACAUCAGCUGGUACCUGCGCUCGUCUGUCUGCUACAACGAGGUCUUCAACACGCCGGACAACAAGGCCAUCAACAUGUUCGCCAUGGAGCACAUGCUGAAAGAAGGCUGGAGUGGCUUCUACAGUCAGGGCUACGUCUACUUUGACAACUGCUCGGCUCUCUUCUCGCCAAAGGUGUACUAUGCAGACUUCAAUCCCUACCAACCCCUGUCUAGUCCCAAGAGUGACCCUUCCAACCAGAGCCUCACUUGGCCCGACAAGCCGGACAUCGGCGCCGUGGCCAAGGCGUGGGAGGACAGCCCUUACCUGUUCAUCGUGAAGGUGCAGCCAGUCUUCCGCGGCCCGGAGGAGGAAGACUUUACUUUCACCAUGAAAGUGGAGAUGAAGGGACCACAUGACUAUUCAUCCCCGGCAGACUGGCCCCAGAUGAUGUUCUUCAUGGUCAUGUGCAUCGUCUACGUCUUUUUCGGGACCCUCUGGCUCUUCUGGUGCGCCUGCUACUGGAGGGACCUGCUGCGCAUCCAGUUCUGGAUCAGCGGCGUCAUCAUCCUGGGCAUGCUGGAGAAAGCCGUCUUCUACUCGGAGUACCAGAGCAUCCGCUACCGAGGCGACUACGUGGAAGGAGCGGUGAUAUUUGCCGAGCUGCUGUCUGCGCUGAAAAGAUCUCUCGCCCGCAUCCUGGUCCUCAUUGUCAGCCUCGGUUAUGGCAUCGUCAAGCCCAGGUUAGGAACCACAGUGCACCGGCUGGCAGCCGUUGGGCUUCUUUACCUCCUCUUCUCUUCAGUGGAGGGCGUGCUGAGAGUGACGGGGGGUUUCUACGGGACGGUUGCCUUGGUGGCCAAUCUCAGCUUGUCCCUCAUUGACUCCUGCGUCAUGUGGUGGAUCUUCAUCAGUCUGUCGCAGACCACCCGGCUGCUGAAGCUGCGCAGGAACGUGGUGAAGCUCUCCUUGUACCAACACUUCACCAACACGCUCAUCUUCUCCGUGGUCGCAUCCAUCAUAUUCAUCAUAUGGACCACCAAAGUCUUCAAGCUGGUGGACUGCCAGAAGAGUUGGAGGGACUUGUGGGUGGACGACGCCUUCUGGCGUCUCCUCUUCUCCACCAUCCUUCUGGUCAUCAUGGUGCUGCUGCGGCCCUCCGCCAACAGCCAGAGGUUCUCCCACUCGCCUCUGAUCGACGAGGACGACGAAGAGGAUGACGCCAAGGAGCCCAUGUUGAAUGAAGCAUUUGAGGGCAUGAAGAUGAGAGGGUCCAAGCCAGAUGCAAACGGAUCCCAGAAGCUGCUGAGCAAGGAGGAUGAAGAUCUAAAAUGGGUGGAGGAGAACAUUCCCACAACCGUUGCUGACGUCGCCCUGCCUGCCAUGCUGGAUGAGGAAGAGGAGAUCCUGAAAACAAAGAUGGAAAGAUCCAAAAUGGAGUAGAGGUGUCCAGACAAACAGGAAUGACUUUGUUCUCCAGUUGCCAGGUGAUUGCAGAAACACACAUUCAGUCCCAAUGACUUUCCAGUGUUGUGAAAGAAAAGAGUUGGACAUUUGAGAUGAUUGAUGCUGCACUUUAUGACACAGAAGUGAUCACAGGACUCUACUAAACAUGCUCUCGUCUAUUAGUCACUCCUUCAAACUCUAAUCAACCUAAAUCUUUCUGGACUAUAUGUGCGUCAGUCACAGAACAUUUGAAGGCAGCCUUCAAUACUCCAAACCACAUCAUUAGUAACUCUUCAUUUGCUUCCUGUGACACAAUGUGUGCAAUCUACUGAAGGAAUGUCAGAAAUGACUUCAUUUAUGCGUAUGUGUCUUGUAAAAAAGAUGUAUUAUAAAUAUACUAACAUGAUAUAUAUUGUCUCAGAUUUGAUGCCUAAUCCCACUUUUCGGCUGUGAGUCUGCAAUGUGAUGUGAAGUUGAUACUAUAAGGCAGAAAAUGGCCCACAAAUAAAUUUUUUACUGAAUGAUUCCAA